AUGGAGUUACAGGUUGUCUGGUUGGCUUGUGAAGGCACCCAACUCAUCCCCGGGUUGUCCUACACCGCAGCAGACCGUGUAGUGCUGCUGAGACUAGCAGAGCUCUGCUGCGUCACACCGUUGGAAGACAGGGCCAGGGAAUUUAAGGACAUGUCUACACAGACGACAGGGAAUAAGUCCUGUACAGUGGACAAAUUUAACUCUUUAAGCAAUGAAGAACCACUUGAAAGCCUUAUUGAAAAUCCCUUCCUCCCCAGUCAGAAACCCGACCUGGUGUCAACCUCCUCACGUAAUGCAGCCCCUGAAGCUGCUCCAGUCAUCAGCAGGAGCUUUGGACGAAGAGGUUUCUUUUUCUCCUCCUCUCUGGAUAUAAUGGCCAUUACAAAGGAAAGCAUCUUGCGAUUUGGCUUCACAUGUCUCUUCCUAGCAACUUUCAUGCUAGCCUGUGAUGGACAAGGUGGAAAGAAAGAGAACGGUGGUCCUGCCUGUUACGGAGGAUUUGAUUUGUAUUUCAUUCUAGACAAAUCAGGAAGUGUCCUGCACCACUGGAAUGAAAUAUAUCAUUUUGUGGAACACUUGGCCCACAAGUUCAUAAGCCCCCAGCUGAGGAUGUCCUUCAUCGUUUUUUCAACUAGAGGGUCAAUCCUAAUGAGGUUGACAGAAGACAGGGAGCAGAUACGCCAGGGUCUGGAAGAGCUGCAGAAAGUCCUUCCAGGAGGUGACACAUACAUGCACGAAGGAUUUGAAAGGGCAAGUGAACAGAUUUACUAUGAAAAUGUUCACGGUUACAGAACUGCAAGUGUCAUCAUUGCAUUGACAGAUGGAGAACUCCAUGAAGACCUCUUUUUCUACUCUGAGAGGGAGGCUAAUCGGUCACGGGACCUGGGAGCAACAGUCUAUUGUGUUGGUGUGAAAGACUUCAAUGAGACCCAGCUGGCUAGAAUCGCCGACAGCAAAGAUCAUGUCUUUCCAGUGAAUGAUGGUUUUGAAGCCCUGCAGGGGAUCAUAGACUCUAUCCUGAAGAAAUCCUGUAUAGAAAUCCUGGCUGCAGAGCCUUCCAGCAUAUGUGCAGGAGAGUCAUUCCAGGUUGUGGUGAGGGGCAAUGGGUUCCGACACGCCCGGAACGUGGACAGGGUGCUCUGCAGCUUCAGGAUCAACGACACCCUGACUCUCAAUGAGAAGCCUUUUGUAGUGGAAGAUACCUACUUACUUUGCCCAGCACCUGUCCUACGAGAAGUUGGCAUGGAAGCAGCUCUUCAAGUCAGCAUGAACGAUGGUCUGAGCUUCAUCUCUAGCUCCGUCAUCAUCUCCAGCACACACUGUUCAGAUGGGACCAUCCUGGCCAUCGCUUUGUUGAUCCUCUUCCUCCUGCUGGCCUUGGCUCUCCUCUGGUGGUUCUGGCCUCUCUGCUGCACAGUG